UUCACUUCCGUUUAGCUUCGCGGCGCCGUUUGUCCUGUCCUGCUAUCCGUCCGCAUACGAAUCUAGCCCGGGAACUGAGUCAGAGAGCAGCGUGGUGUCCGCGGCCACCAGCCGGGCGCUUGCCCGCUGCACGCGUCCUCGGGACUGGCAAGAUGUGCUCCUUGGGGUUAUUCCCUCCGCCGCCGCCUGUGGGCCAAGUCACCCUAUAUGAGCACAAUAACGAGCUGGUGACGGGCAGCAGCUACGAGAGCCCGCCUCCCGACUUCCGGGGCCAGUGGAUCAAUCUUCCCGUCCUACAUCUGACCAAGGACCCCCUCAAGACCCCUGGGAGGCUAGACCAUGGCACGAGGACUGCCUUCAUCCAUCACCGGGAGCAAGUGUGGAAAAGAUGCAUCAACGCGUGGCGCGACGUGGGCCUUUUUGGGGUGCUGAAUGAAAUUGCAAACUCAGAGGAAGAGGUGUUCGAGUGGGUGAAGACAGCAUCCAGUUGGGCCCUGGCGCUCUGCCGCUGGGCCUCCUCCCUGCACGGGUCCCUGUUCCCCCACCUGUCGCUCAGGAGUGAAGAUCUGAUUGCCGAAUUUGCCCAGGUUACAAACUGGUCCAGCUGCUGCUUGCGGGUCUUUGCGUGGCACCCCCACACCAACAAGUUUGCCGUGGCCCUGCUGGAUGACUCGAUUCGUGUGUACAAUGCCAACAGCACUAUAGUCCCCUCCCUGAAGCACCGGCUGCAGCGGAACGUGGCGGCCCUGGCUUGGAAGCCCCUCAGUGCCUCCGUGCUGGCCGUGGCCUGCCAGAGCUGCAUCCUCAUCUGGACGCUGGACCCUACCUCCUUGUCUACCCGACCGUCUUCCGGCUGCGCCCAGGUGCUGUCUCACCCCGGGCACACGCCUGUCACCAGCCUGGCCUGGGCCCCCAGCGGGGGGCGGCUGCUCUCUGCUUCCCCUGUGGACGCUGCCAUCCUGGUGUGGGACGUCUCCACAGAGACCUGCGUCCCCCUUCCCUGGUUUCGAGGCGGUGGGGUUACCUACCUGCUCUGGUCCCCCGACGGCAGCAAGGUCCUGGCGACCACGCCCUCAGCUGUCUUCCGAGUGUGGGAGGCCCAGAUGUGGACUUGUGAGAGGUGGCCCACCCUCUCGGGGCGCUGUCAGACCGGCUGCUGGAGCCCCGAUGGAAACCGCCUGCUGUUCACCGUCCUGGGGGAGCCGCUCAUUUACUCCCUGUCUUUCCCUGAACACGGUGGCGAGGGAAAGGGUGGCGUUGGAGGUGCCAAAUCCGCGGCCAUAGUGGCAGAUCUCUCCGAGACGACCAUCCAGACCCCGGCGGGGGAGCAGAGGCUCGGCGGAGAGGCCCACUCCAUGGUCUGGGACCCCAGCGGGGAGCGUCUGGCUGUGCUCAUGAAAGGAAACCCACGGGUGCAGGACGGCACACCAGUCAUUCUUCUUUUUCGCACGCGGAACAGCCCUGUGUUUGAGCUGCUGCCCUGUGGCAUCGUCCAGGGGGAGCCGGGCGCCCAGGCACAGCUCAUCGCCUUCCACCCUUCCUUCAGCAAAGGGGCCCUGCUCAGUGUGUGCUGGUCCACAGGCCGGAUCGCCCACAUCCCCCUCUACUUCGUCAAUGCUCAGUUCCCGCGCUUCAGCCCAGUGCUCGGCAGGGCCCAGGAGCCCCCCGCUGGAGGCGGACGCGCCGUUCACGACGUGGCCCUCUUUACGGAGACCUCCCCGACCUCUGCCCCUUGGGACCCUCUCCCGGGGCCGCCACCUGCUCGGACCCACUCCCCUCAACUCCACCUGUAACGAUAAAACUGUUUCCACUCA